AAGAGCUGGAUCCAGACACAAGCCUGCCUUGCUUCACAUAGACAUAGUGCAGGCCAAAUACCAGAAACAACCCGUGAAUUCGAUAAACAGGGGGAGACCCAACCCUAAUCCAUCCGACUCAGAACUCAGAAGAACCACCUCUCCUUAGCUCCUCUAUCUCAACCAGACGCCUCGCACCCUCCAUCCGAAACCCUAGAAAUGUCGGGCGGGUUUUUCCGGGGGACGUCGGCCGAGCAGGACACUCGGUUCUCGAACAAGCAAGCCAAGCUGCUGAAGUCUCAGAAAUUCGCUCCUGAAUUGGAGCAUAUGGUGGACACGACGAAGGUGAAGAUGGAUGUUAUGAGACCGUGGAUUGCAAACCGGGUGACUGAACUUCUUGGAUUCGAAGACGAAGUUCUUAUCAACUUCAUCUACGGCCUCUUGGAUGGAAAGGAAGUCAAUGGGAAGGAGAUUCAGAUUUCCCUUACUGGAUUCAUGGAGAAAAAUACCGGGAAGUUCAUGAAAGAGCUUUGGACGCUUCUUCUCAGCGCUCAAAAGAAUGUUAGUGGUGUCCCUCAACAGUUUCUUGACGCCAAAGAAGAAGAGACCAGAAAGAAGAAGGCUGAGACUGAUAGGAUUUCAAGUGAAAUUCAAAAGAAGAAAGAGAAGGAGGGUAGAGAACUCGAGCAAGAGAAGAUGAGGAAGAUGGAUGGCGAGGAUGACAUCUCAAGAGCUAAUAACACCAAUCUGGAACCAAGCUCCCAGCAUCAAUUGAGGACUUCUCAUGCUCAUUAUGCAGAUGAGAAAGACACUAGUGAAAGGAAUGGUUCAAGAGGAAUGAUCAGGAAAACUAGAUCUCCCCAUUCAGCUGACCGUACCUCAUCUUCACCUCGAAAAACACAUUCCAGAUCAGUUAGCAAGUCAUUUUCAAAUUCCAGAAGUUACUCACAUGACAGACACAGGUCAAGAAGUUUAUCCAAAUCACCUCAUCCAAGAAGACGCUCCAUUUCUUCAGACAGGGUAUAUCGCUCUCCUCCAAGACGGUCUGUUACUCCUCGUAGGAGGUAUUCACCUCGGAGAUCUCUUUCGCCUGCAAGACGUUUAUCAUCUUAUUCUAGGCGAAGAUCUACAUCACGUUCAUAUCGUAGAUCCCCGUCUCCUAUACGACAUAGAUUGCGUUCCCCUAUAAGGCGUAGAUCACGUUCUCCAAUUAGACGGAGGUCACCAACGCCUGUGCGACGUAGAUCCAUAACGCCCAUGCGAUAUAGAUCACGUUCACCCAUGCGGAAAAGGUCCCCAUCUGCAGUGCGGAGGAGAUAUUACUCGCCAGUUCGACGUAGAUCACCCUCUAGAUCUCCAUCUCCUGCAAGGCGGCGGUAUCGGAGAUCUCCAUCCACUCCACAACGCAGGUCUCUGUCCCCAGUUCGACGUAGGUCUCCUAUUCCAAGCCAAAGGAGAUUACUGAGUCCUGCUAAACGUAGGUCUCCUUCUCCAGAGGAGUGGAGUUCACCCUCUCCAGUGCGCCGUCAAUCCCCUUCACCAGGAAUGAGGAGGUCACCAAAACAUCAGAGUUCACCUGUGCACUCUCCCAGAGGAAGAAUCAGAAUCUUUGAGCAUAUAUCUCCCGUUCGGCAUGCUCGUGCUACUGAAAUUGCUAGUAAAUCUGCUGAGAUUCAGAAAGAACCUGAUUCUGUGGUGCGCCGGCCACUCACCUCUUUGAGGUCACCACAGAGAGAUCCAAGGGAGCAAGACAAUUCCCAUAAAAAAGCAUCAUCUUCGUCGCCCUCACCGUAUAGGUCUGAGUCUCCUUUAGAAUCUCCACCAGGCAUUAAGAGAAGAAGUCCUAGCGAAGAUAGGAGGUCAUAUAGCCCACAUGAGAGUCCUUUAAAGAAAACUGUGGAACGGAGAACCCGAGAUAACAGUGCUAGUCCUCCUCAGAAACCAAGAUAUCAAAGACAACGUAAUGAAAGUUUGGAAACUGGUGGAAAGGAGGAAGAAAAUAACUAUUCCAGGGAUAACGGGGAUCAAAAGCUCAAGUCUUCAGGAAAGAAAUCUGCAUAUUCAUUGAGGGUUGAUGAGCAUAAAGAUUCAUUUGACAGGGUUCGUCACAAGGAUGAGUCUCCUGAAAGAACAGGUCGUCAUCAGUCUAAUGAAAUUCAGAGUCACGCUGAUGGCUUGGAGUUGAGGAAGAAAGACCAGGAGAUAAGGAGUGAGAAGAUUUCUAGGAGGUUGCCUGCUCAAGCUUCUGAUCAACAAAGGUCUCCAACAGUUCAUAAAAUUUCCUCACCAAAUGAGAUGCAACGGAUGUCAUACCAUGGAGAAACUCAUAAAACUGAUGAGAAAAACCAUACUCGUUCAAAAGAGUUCAAGGGCAGCAAGCUGCUUGAUGAAAUGGUCUCUACAGUUAAGUCCACCAGAAAGGUUGACGAGAAAGAUAGAAGUAGUUCCUUGAUUACUGGCUCUCAGGAAAGUGACAAGUACCGCCCUGAAAUUCAUGAGAGAAGAAAACAUAAAAGGUCCAGAAAGCAAGAUGUAGCAUCAGAUGAUAGUGAUGAUGAUUCUGAGAUAGAGGAUAGAAAGGAGGCAAAGAAAAGAAGGAAGGAGGAGAAGAGAUUGAGAAAAGAGGAGAGACGUCGGCGGAGAGAAGAGCGGCGUCGCAGGAAGGAAGAGCGUCGUGCAGAGAAGCUGAAAGCAAAAUCAGUUGACAUUGGUACUCCACCUUCAGAUCGUGAUGCUUCUGAUGGUGAACAAAUUGUGAGGAUGGAGUCUGGUGCUGGUGGUGCUGAAGAGGCUGAGUCUGAGCAGAAGAAGCUUGAGAUUGAAUUGCGGAAAAAGGCCCUUGAAUCUCUUAGAGCAAAAAAGGGCAUUGGCCAUUAAAUUCAUUAUGCUUUAGAACUUUCAACUGUUGUUUUAACAUUUUAGUCUUGCUAAUCAGUGAUCUUUAAAGUUACCGGAACUAAGUUUUGAAUGAGAAUGUGCUAUUGAUAGCUGUUUAAUGUUGUCUAUGUUUGCUGCUCGCAGCUGAAAUGGACAAAUGACGAUUUCCUGAGUCUCUUGAGUGCAACUUUAUGCAGACCUUACUGCUUGAUAUUCUGAUGAGAAUAUUGUCAACUAGUUGACUUCGUUGAGCAGAUCUUAUGCAGCUCCACGUUUUGAACUUCUAAUCAGCUUGAGAGUUGUUCCUGAAACUUUGUUUUAUAAAAUUCUCCAUGGUGCUUUAGCUUCUGUUCAUGCUGUCCGGACGUUGACAUCAGCUGUUAAAAUCUAUUCAGACGGCUUCAUGUAUGUAUGUAUAUACUCUGGUUAAUACUCUAUAACAAAUUCCAAAUGAUUUCUCCCGUUUAUUUGUAGCUGUUAUUAACCAACGCAGUUAUUGUAUGGCUUUUGCUUGCCACUGUCUGUUAAUUCAGAUGCUUAUUAUCCAGAACCGGAACUUGACUAAUCAA